CCUUCCCUUCAACUGCAAGCCUAUCUACAUUACCAGAGCAACAAUGGCCUACCCCAACUUACUCUUCUAUUUCAUUUGGGCUACAAUUGUGCUUCAAGGGGUUUCGGGGGACUUUUCAAUGUCAAGAAGACAAUUACAGGAAAGGAGCAACGUAUGGAUAGGCAAGAAUUCAUCGCGACAAUCAGUGAUUGGUUCGGUGAUGCCGACUUGUACAUACAACGAAUGUCGGGGGUGUAAGUACAGGUGCAAAGCUGAGCAAGUUCCGGUUGAAGGAAAUGAUCCAAUAAAUAGCGCAUACCAUUAUCGAUGUAUCUGUCAUAGGUAAUUCUAUGCUGAAAUUUUUGAACUCUAUAGGUUUAGGAAGUUUCUUUAGACGGUUUUUGUUGUCCGUGAGAAUUUUCUAAAGCCGAUUUUGACAUCAGAUACAAGCCUAGAUUUGUUAUAUUUCAUGUAUUGAUAGUACCAUCUUUGUUAGAUUGAUAUUUUUGGCAACUUUUAUGCAUUCCUUCGAAAUGUC